AUGCCCGACAUGAUCGAAGUGCUGGGCGAGGCUAGCCCGAUGAGCCAGGCAAAUGUGCUUAAUGCCUUGGUUCUCGCGGCAAGCUCCACCCAGCAGCAGGUGCAGACGGGUACCAAGCAACUACAGUACUGGGAGAAGCAGAAGCUCUAUUACCCCACCCUUCAGAAUAUCUUUGUCGACUAUACCGUCCCGACCGAGGUCCGAUAUCUUGCGAUCAUUCAGCUGAAGCAUGGCAUCGAUAGAUUUUGGCGCAAGACUGCAGCCAAUGCAAUCUCAAAAGAGGAAAAAGAACAGAUUAAAUUAAGAGCCUUGGAGGCCGGCAUUCAUGAGCCAGAGCGUCAGCUUGCUCUUCAAAAUGCGUUGAUGGUUGCCAAGAUCCUUCGUUACGAGUUCCCCCAUGAUUGGCCUGAUGCGAUUACCACUCUACUCUCUUUCCUCCGCUCCGCCACCCGUCCCGGCGCGAACUCCUUAGAGCUUCCUCGAACCCUUCUCAUGCUCCUCCAGAUCAUUAAAGAAUUGUCUACGGCGCGGAUUCAAAGAACACGAGUACACCUGCAAUCAAUCUCACCCGAGCUCUUCCAAGUGAUGGGAAACAUCUAUAUGGAGAAGAUCAGUCAAUGGAUCGCUGUACUAGACCAAGGCAGCGCGAAUGAUUCAUCUCUAGAGGCAAUGGAUCAGAGCUUGAUGUGUCUUAAAGUUCUGCGCCGCCUCAUUAUCUCUGGCUAUGAACACCCAGGUCGCCACUCGGAGGUCAAGGAUUUCUGGCAGUUGAGCUUCGAACACUUUGCCAGGUUCUCUGUCUUUGGAGAGCAGGCUGCUCAAUUACCAGAACCUAUGGCCAAGGCCAUUGAAAAGCACACCCUUCAACUUUCCAAAUUGCAUGUGGAGAUGGCAAAGAUACACCCAGCCUCUUUCGCACUGUUUCCCAACAGUAUCUCGCUCGUCAAUUCAUACUGGACAUUGGUUGUCCGGCUCAGUGAAAGCUACGUCAGUCUCGGAGCGGAUCCCGAUGCAGAAGGGCAAUCUUUACCUGAGAAGACAGGCCUUCGGGCGUUGCUUUUGUUUAGGGCUUGCGCGAGAAUGGCCUUCAACCCUGUCCAGACUUUCAAAUACCAAACACCUCAAGACAAGGAAGAGAGAAAGCAGGCCGUGGAACGGAUCAAGACUGAAUUGUUCACCCACGAUCUCGUGCUUGGCGUCAUGGAGCUUCUUGUGACCCAAUUCUUCAGGUUCCGAAAUGUCGACUUUCAGGAAUGGGAAGCCGAGCCUGAAUCCUGGGUUCAGCGAGAGGAAGUCAGCAGCGAAGCCUGGGAAUUCUCCAUCCGGUCCUGUUCCGAGAAGCUGUUUUUGGACCUGGUCAUUCACUUCAAAGACCUGCUCAUCCCACGUCUGCUGAGUGUGUUCCACAACUUUGCGAAUACCGAAAACCGCGACGUGGUUUUAAAGGACUCUCUUUACUCUGCUAUUGGCUUGGCCGCAGCCAGCCUCGAGCAACACUUGAACUUCAACGAAUUCUUGCAAGGAACCAUGGUCACCGAAGUUCAGAUUCAAGAUCAACAGUACAGACUCUUGCGCAGACGCAUUGCACUUGUGCUUGGUCAAUGGGUCCCAGUCAAGUACAGUGAAUUGAACACUGAGGCAAUCUUUCAAAUCUUCCAGCACUUGCUCAACAAGGAUGAUCCGCUCAAUGACCUUGUCGUUCGUAUCACUGCUGGACGCCAAUUGAGCCAGGUCCUCGAUCCUUACGAAUUCCAGGCGGCCCAUUUCAUGCCGUUUGCCCAGUCGAUACUUGGCAACCUCAUGUCCCUUGUUCAAGAGGUCGAGAUGCCUGAAACGAAAAUGGGACUGUUGGAGACGGUUCGCGUGGCAGUUGUCAAGAUGGAGCACCACAUUGCUCCAUUCACUGAUCAAAUCCUCUCUUUGCUUCCACCUCUAUGGGAGGAGUCUGGAGAUGAGCAUCUCAUGAAGCAGGCCAUCCUCACACUUUUAUCUUCAUUAAUCAACUCGUUGAAGCAGGAGUCCGUUCGGUACCAUUCACUUAUCCUUCCCCUCAUUCAAAGCUCAGUGCACCCUGAAUCCGAAACCUUGGUUUACCUCUUGGAUGAAGCUCUGGAUCUCUGGACUGCUAUAAUUCAACAAUCUCCCACUCCCUCCCCCGACAUUCUGGCGCUUCUUCCCUCUGUGUUCCCGAUCCUUCACUCGGGAACCGACAGCGCACCCCAGGCCCUCCAGAUCGUCGAGUCUUAUAUUCUUCUGGCACCACAAGACGUUUUCAAAAAUGAAUACCGCACCCCUCUUCUGCUUGCGCUACAGGAACUUCUCUCUCACACGACUAGACAACGCAUUGGCGUCGUGCCCCGUCUGGUCGAAAUGUUGAUCCGCAGUGGCGAAGCCAUCGACGGUGGUAGCGAAGAGACUUACAACUCCAUUUCCCAAAGUCUCAUCGAAAGCUCAUUCCUACGCUCCAUUCUUGAGGGCCUCCAUUCCGCCUACGAAGCCAGCGAAACAACAGGUCCCAACCGGAAAACCUCCAAUGUGAUCGGUGUCGUCGAAACCGAAUAUUACUCCGUCAUCGCUCGUCUGGCCCUCGCUAGUCCCACGAUCCUUGCCUCCGCCAUCGCCACUGCUGUCCAGGGUGAUAACAUUCAAUCCCCUUAUAAAGAUCUUCCUUGGCUAAUGAAGGAGUGGUUCUCUCAUUAUGAUAAUAUCAGCAGCGCCAACCAGAAGAAGCUGCACGUCCUUGCCCUCACCCAACUCCUCGGCCUCAAACAAAACCCACCUAACCCGGCCGCCCCUGACCUCCCAGCCGACUUCCUCCGCCCAUUCCUGCAGUCCUACCUGACUGUCUGGACAGACCUCAUCCUCGAGCUGGCAGAAGGCGGUCAAGACUCCAAUGCUGAUUAUCUAGUCUUCUGGGGUGCACCCUCUGGCUCCGCAACCGCCGUCCCUGAAGCCUCGGACGAAAUCGAACCUCCAGAGAACCACCGUCGCCGCGAUUGGGAGAACUCGGAUAUCAUCCACCGUUUCCCAAUUCGUGACUUUGUGCGCGAGCGUCUGCAGCAACUGAUCGUUGCUUGUGGUGGCCCGGAGACCUUCCAGGCGGAGUGGUUGGCGAAUGUCGAUACUGAUGUAGUGUCCGCGUUCGGUGCCUUGGGACUGAUCUGA